AUGAAGGAAAGCGGGCUAGAACUCCUGCUGGGCUGCGAUGCUAACUCUCAUCAUGUUGGAUGGGGAAGCUCCAAUACCAAUGCAAAAGAAGAAGCCCUACACAACUUCAUUAUGGAAAAAGACCUUAUGCUUUUAAACAGGGGAACGCAUCCAACCUUCAUGGACUGCAGAAGACAUGAAGUGCUGGAUAUCACCAUCUUCACAACGGGUAUGGUGGACGUGGUAAGAGACUGGAGGGUCUCUAAAGAGCCCUCGGGAUCGGACCACAGUCAAAUUCGCCUAAGCCUGACUGGAAGGACGGACAUAAUUCAACGGAGAAAUCCAAAGAACUCAGACUGGAAGGGUUACAGAGAGGAGCUCUCCUUGAGAAUCCAGGACGUACCCAGCAGAUUCAAGAAUCGAGAGCAACUAGAGCAUGCGGCCGAAAGUUUCGGAGAGGCGGUGAAACGUUUCUUUAAAAACAACUGUGUCCCAGGCACCCAGACGGGAACCAAAAAAGUUUGCUGGUGGAAUAACACACUAACGAGCCUACGGAAUCAGCUGAGGAAGGCGUGGAACAAGGUAAAGAACUUUUGCGAUAGUAUACACAAGAGUAAGGCGCUGGAAGAACGCAAGAAUCUCUAG